CCAGCAUUCUUAUCGCAUAAGAAAUUGGACGAACGGGCCAGCGUUUAGUAGAGCCUUCUGGCGUUAAGCUUUGUCGAUGACAGGCCGAUCAACUUUGUAUUUCGUCGUGCAGUUUAUAGUUGCGGUAAAUGCAUUCAAAGCUCCUACCUUAGGGUCUCCGCAGGGAUUGCGCUUCAAUGCGCUGACCCGAUUUUCCUCCAAAUCCCAUGACAGCGCAUUGGAAACUGAGGCAACCUUGCGAUCGAUCACCUUUUGCAACUUGCCCAAGGAAGACGAUCCCGAUUUGCUAUGCGAUUUCUUAAUGGAAAUCGGUGCUUGUUCGACAGCGAUUACCGACGCAGAUCGAGGGACAGAUAUGGAACAGCCGGUAUUCAGCGAACCCGGGGCUGACCCAUGGCAAGAUCGCCUCCAAUGGACCGCACCCGUCUGGAACCGUUGCAACGUUACAGCUCACUUUCCGGCCAGUGCUCAGAUCGGUGGAGUGCUCGAGAUGGUAGCGGAGACGUUUCCUAAUCAAUACCCGGAUCUGCAAGAUUUUGUGCUAGAGACGCUUCCCAACAGGGAUUGGGUGGUACAUGUUCAAAAAGGGUGGCUUCCGAUAGUGGUGAACGAUAAAUUCGUUCUGCGAUUUCCGUGGCAUAAACACUCGGACGUACAGAAGGUUGCCUGGAAUUUGAACAGCAACGACUUUUUCGAACUCGAGUUACAGGGUGGAAUCGCCUUUGGAACCGGCGAGCAUCCGACAACGCAGCUUUGUCUAGCGUGGGUAGACCAAGUCAUUACGGACAAACUUGAACAAUCCAAUGGUAAAAUCCACCUACUAGAUUACGGAUCUGGCUCUGGUGUACUCGGCAUGGCAGCUUGUAUUCUUGCGCCACACCAAGUUGCUGCCAUUGGUAUUGACAUCGAUUCGCUGCUACUCAAGGCACACAAAAGCGCCAGAGAACAUGUGGCGGAACAAGAAGGUGACCAUUCCGCCAACCUUGACAGUCUCUUCCUACCCUCAGACUUAGAAGAAACAAAAUAUGAUGUGUGCGUUGCCAACAUACUGGCGGCGCCUCUCGUUACCUUGGCACCAGUCUUAUACAGCAUGCUGCUCCCUGGAGCAGUGCUAGGAAUGAGUGGGAUACUUCCGGAUCAAGGAGAUAUGGUUGUUGAAGCUUAUACCAAAGCGGGCUUUGCAAGCAUGACAAUACAAAAGGAACAAGGAAACUGGCUUUUAGUAACAGGCAAUAAACCAAUAAUGUAGCGUUUGUUAAAAUAC